CCCAAAUCCCACGACCUAGACACAGGGUACCGACAACCCGAAGGGGACGAUAGCCAUGACCAUGACGCCUUUGUCACUGUCGAGUCUGUUAAAGAAUAAGGAUUCUCUGCAGAAGUUCAUUUGCUACAAUGCCUUCCACGCGCAGCACGACAUACCACGGUACUUCGGAAACCGAACGCCGUGGAAGAAGGCUCGGUUAUGGGAGCGAAAUUUCAGUGCAGUGUCCCGCAGUAGGUUGGCAGAACAACCCUGGGCCAAAAACUAUGCCAAGGAAGCUACUAUGUGUACCACUUCUGUAAGUGGCCAGGACAUGACAAACUGGUUGUGGUCUAUUUACAACGAAACCAAAAAACAGACCGAAGGUAGGGCAUGCGUUUGUUGAAUACCAUGUAAACAAGUCUCCAAUCCAUAAAUGGUUGAGGAUCAGUGGAGGCUGCUGAGGGGAGGACGGCUCACAAUAAGGGCUGGAACGGUGCGAAUGGGAUGGCAUCAAACACAUAGAAACCAUAGAAACCAUGUGUUUGAUGUAUUUGAUACCAUUCCACCUAUUCCACUCCAGUUAUUACCACGAGCCCGUCCUCCCCAAUUAAGGUACCACCAACCUCCUGUGGUGAGGAUGUUAAACAAUAAUGUCCAAUCCCUAAUUCCAUUUAUUCCUUUGAAGAAGCUAGGUGUAACUUGUUACUCACUGUACCAGGGGUGGCAUGUUAAUAACAAGUACACUAUUAUUGUACCAGAUAUUGUACAAGGUUAUUGUAGUUAUUGUAUCAAAUACUUAUUAUUGUUCCAGUUGGGAGACACUGGACAUCACCUGGUGGUGAGCGACCAGGACUCUCAGUGUCACACUGAAUCGACAUAAACUGUGAUAUUGGCAUGCUAUUUUGCACAGUAAAAGCCUACUGCCCAUCCUGUUGUCUCUGGAAGUGGACCCAUCGUGUGUAACAUAUCAUAGCAGGGGCCAAGGGGUCCCCCUAGUGGCAGUUGUUCUACACUACACACAUACGCCUUAUAAUGCAGACCUAAAAUAAAAAAUACAUAACAAAUAAAAAAAUAAAUAAAUAUCGUUUAGCUAGAAACCUAUAUGAUAUUGUUGACAAGCUUUUCGCUACAAGCAUUUCACUACACCUGCAAUGACAUCUGCUAAAUAUGUGUAGGUGACCAUACAACUUGAUUUUGAUUUUGAGGUAAUUCAAAGGUCACGGAUGCAUCAUUAUUCAUGUCACUAAUCAGCAAGGGCACGGCGAGGCCUGUAUUAAUCUGCAGAGGGGCAAUAGAUUUGACCAACAUUGACACAACACAUCAAGAGAGCACCCUCUUUUGUCCUUCUCCUUUAGCCCUGGUCCCUGUGAUAUCUAAGAACAGUGCGAACCCCAACAGCAUCUUUGCCAACAACGAGAUGAGUCUGGAGGACAUCGAGAUCUAUGGGUUUGACUAUGACUACACUCUGGCCUUCUACUCCAGACACCUCCACACCCUCAUCUUUAACAUCGCCAGGGACAUCCUCAUCCAGGAGCACAGGGUAAUGUCUGUUCCUCUAGCCUGGUCCUGGGUCAGAUCUGUAGCAGAGGGUAUUUUAAUGUGACAGAGAUGAAGAGGCACAGCAGAGGAACAGUAGCCUGAUCCCAGAUCUGUUAGUGCUGACAACUCCUAUGGUAAUUGUCAUACAGGCAAUUCCACGAUAACAGAAUUACGCUCUGACUCAGAUUGUUCAUUUUAUAAUGUAUGCCAAACAAAAACCAUUGAUUUCAAAGUUUAAUAAACUAUACAACCCUAUGCACAAGGACAAGGACUACUUUGAACAAUUUGCACAGAACAUUUCACUAAAAUACAUUUUACUGGAAGAACUGUGCAGAUGCUAAAUUUGGUAACAGAAUUACGGUAAAAUCUCCCUCAGUUUUUUAUGCAACUACUUUUUCCAAAAACUCUAACUAUCUGCUCCGAAUUAAGAUUCAAAGAUGUCUGCAGAAAGAAUGGGGUGUCAGCUAUGACAUAACACCUUGAGGUUAAAAAAAUGCCUUUUGGUUACUGAAAUGUAGUUUAGGAAAGUUCAAAUCAAGAAGGCUGGUCUGAAUGCUCGUUUAACUUCAUUCAGUAAGCAUUCCUUCCAGUUCUCUGCUGCCAAUGACUGGAACGAAUUGCAAAAAUCUCUGAAGCUGGAGACUCUUAUCUCCCUCACUAACUUUAAGCAUCAGUUGUCAGAGCACCUUACCGAUCACUGCACCUGUACACAGCCCAUCUGAAAUUAGCCCACCCAACUACCUCAUCCCCAUAUUGUUAUUUAUUUUGCUCUUUUGCACCCCAGUAUCUCUAUUUGCACAUAAUCUCUUGCACAUCUAUCAUUCCAGUGUUAAUACUAAUUGUAAUUAUUUUGCACUAUAGCCUAUUUAUUGCCUUACCUCCAUAACUUGCUACAUUUGCACACACUGUAUAUAUAUUUUCUGUUGUAUUUUUUGACUUUAUGUUUUUUUUACCCCAUAUGUAACUCUGUGUUGUUGUUUUUAUCGCACUGCUUUGCUUUAUCUUGGCCAGGUCGCAGUUGUAAAUGAGAACUUGUUCUCAACUGGCUUACCUGGUUAAAUAAAGGUGAAAUAAAAAUAAAUAAAUAAAUAACAUAAUUCACUUUGUUUCCUGUUCUAGGGGCAUUGUGGGAGAAAGAGUACAAAUGUAUCGUCAUCAUCAUAGCGUCUUGUUUCUCCUCCUCUUUCCUAUUAGCCAAGUGAGGAAUGUCAUUCACCUAUUGAUCUUAUAGCCUGUAAGCACGGCACAAUGAUGCACAUUCCUCACGCUUGCUGUUCAACCUAUGGGCUCACUCUUGCAAUUAUCACCUUCCUCCCUCUCUACCAAUGGGCGUAAAUCUUGGGAUGAAUUUAUAUGUCAACUUACCCAUGCUCUCUCACUUGCUGUUUUUCAGCAUACGUUUUCAACAACCAGCCACCUCCCCACCACCACCAGCUAUAAUAUCCUUAAGGCCCAUCAUUGGAACUACUUUACCCCAGCUGGGUUUUUCCAUCCCUGCAGUACCGCAUAGGGCUAUCUCCCAUCACAUCAUCUGGUUCCUAGGAUACCGCAUAGGGCUAUCUCCCAUCACAUCAUCUGGUUCCUAGGAUGCCGCAUAGGGCUAUCUCCCAUCACAUCAUCUGGCUCCUAGGAUACCGCAAAGGGCUAUCUCCCAUCACAUCAUCUGGCUCCUAGGAUACCGCAUAGGGCUAUCUCCCAUCACAUCAUCUGGCUCCUAGGAUCUUCCCUCUGAGACGAGGCAAUUCGACAGACUAUUUAAUAAAAUGUCGUAAUUUAUUCCAUCUUUGUUCAUUCAGUUAAGCCUGUACUCGAUUGAAUUACAGUAGGUGAAGUGGAUUUACAUCCGGUAAUGGAAUUAUGGUAACGGAAUUACAUGAUGAGUCCCUGAUCUGUACUAUUCAGAAAUGCAUGAUUUAUGGAUUUGAAUUUGAAUAUCAUUCUCUUCAUGGGGAUGUAUCCUGAGUAGGUACACAAAGGUAGAAAUAUGCAAUAUCCUUAUUUUGCAUAUUUGAGUAUUAUUCUACACAUUGGCUAUUAUUUUAAUGAGCUCCGCCCCCCCCAAACAAGACCACAUUUGGUUGUUCCCGGACCAGACCAAAUCUGAAACAAUCAUAGACGUCUAUGUUUCAUAAGUUUGGACAUCACAGUAGAGUAGAGUACAGUCCCCAUCCUAUAUCUCAGAUAUUUUAUCUCCCUACGAGCCAGGAUGCAGCCUGAGAUCCUCUGGCAGGGCACUGUUGAUCAUUCCAGGGAUGCUUUCUGCCAUUGUAAUCCUUGGGCGAGCCGCCUAAGCGUUUUUUCAGGUCGCCUAAGUCCAAACAGUGUAAAAAAAAUGUUUUUUUGACAUACAGUACCAGUCAAAAGUUUGGACACACCUACUCAUUCCAGGGUUUUUCUUUAUUUUUUUACUAUUUUCUACAUUGUAGAAUAACAGUGAAGACAUCAAAACUAUGAAAUAACACAUAUGGAAUCAUGUAAGUAACCAAAGUGUUAAACAAAUGAAAAUAUAUUUUAUGUUUGAGAUUCUUCAAAGUAGCCACCCUUUGCCUUGAUGACAGCUUUGCACACUCUUGGCAUUAUUAUUAUUAGAUUAUGCAGACAAUCUGGAAUUUUCAUUACAGUAAUACUUCUGUACUUGGACUGUACUUUUCUUUACUGUUCUGUACUGUUCUCUAAUCUCUACUGUGCUCUACUGUACUGUACUGUGCUGUCCAAACUUGUGAAACAUAGAUUUCUAUGAUUGGCUCAGAUUUUGUCCGGCGCGGGCUGGCUGACCAAAUUUCAACUACUUUUCAACAUCAAUAGAUGUCCGGUGCUCAGUGGGUGAGGAUGCUUGUUACAGUAAAUGGAAAGAGGGUAGGUGAUAAGUCGGGAGAGGUGACGUUGACUGUAGAGCGAGCGGCAGAGAGAGGGAGGGGUUGUCCAGACUAUUUUCAGUCUUGCUUUGACCACCAGAUGACAGAAAGAGAAAAAAACCAGUUAUGAGCUGAACGUAACAGUAUGCCAGUGGAAGGGAGGACAGUAGCAGGAGACCCUAUGAGCUGAACAUAACAGUCUGCCAGUGGAAGGGAGGACAGUAGCAGGAGACCCUAUGAGCUGAACGUAACAGUCUGCCAGUGGAAGGGAGGACAGUAGCAGGAGACCCUAUGAGCUGAACGUAACAGUCUGCCAGUGGAAGGGAGGACAGUAGCAGGUGACCCUAUGAGCUGAACGUAACAGUCUGCCAGUGGAAGGGAGGACAGUAGCAGGAGACCCUAUGAGCUGAACGUAACAGUCUGCCAGUGGAAGGGAGGACAGUAGCAGGAGACCCUAUGAGCUGAACGUAACAGUAUGCCAGUGGAAGGGAGGACAGUAGCAGGAGACCCAGCUGUGGUUUGUGACUAGAGAGUCAUCUUAAAACCUACUCUGAGAGUUUUUUUUAAAGUCCUAAAACAUGUUUUAACAUGAUUCCUAGGACCUCUUCUGAGAUGCUUAGUGGAUACGGCCCCAGGUCUGAUUGUGCAGUAUAACCAAAACCUUUGGUCGUUGGCAGGCCAAACUAGCACUGGCAUAAGACUGCACUCACUGCCACAUGAAAGACCACUCUGCUCCAGAUACAUAUGAAUCAAUCAUAUUAACUGAAAGCUGCUAUAUUAUGUAAUUCUGUUGGACUUGACGAAGCACAGACCAUGUCUUUGUUCGUAACCUUGACAACCCCCCCCCCCCCCCCCCCCCCCCAAUUUGAUUCAACACUUGCCAUAUUUUUCCAAAGAGAGAGAUAUUAUAUUUAUGCUGUCAGUGUCACCCUGUUAAAGUUGACAAAUGAUCUUCUAAUAGUCGUGAGACAAUCUUUGGACAAAAAUGAGAAUUGAGUUAAAGUAGUGUUUUUUUAUAUUCAGCCUUUUCAAGAUGUUCCUCUGUGAAUUAGUAUAACUGUACUUUCUGCAAAGCAAAGAACGAAGAUUGAAUGAGCGUUUCAAAACCGUAUCUUAAAUUUAGACCUCCAUCUUCAAUAAAUGAUAAACAUGGAUCCUUGUUUUCUGUUCCUCUCCAAGCUUUAGUGAUAACAUCUCAUUUUCUUCUGCCUUUAGUACCCUGAGGGCUUGCGAGAGUACGAGUACAUCCCUAACUUUGUUGUCAGGGGACUGCACUAUGAUGUCCAAAAGGCUUUACUGAUGAAGAUAGAUGCCUUUCACUACAUACAGCUGGGAACAGUAUACAGGUAUGUGCAGUCUAGGGAUUACUAGGAAUACAUUAAUUAAAGGCCCAGUGCAGUCAAAUGUGUGAUUUCCCUUUGUUUAUAUAUAUAUAAAUCUCCACACUAUGAGGUUGGAAAAAACUGUGAAAUUGUGAAAAUGAUGAUAAUGCCCUUUUAGUAUAAGAGCUGUUUGAACAGACCACCUGGAAUUUCAGCCUGUUUUGGUGGGAUGGAGUUUUGGCCUGCCUAGUUAGACCAAUAAGAAAGAGUUCCAAACCUCUUUGCCAAUAACAGCUAGUUUAACAGCUAGUUUUCCCCUCCCCAUUCAGACCACUCCCAGACAGUCCUACAGUGAGGGGAUAAAAGUAUUUGAUCCCCUGCGGAUUUUGUACGUUUGCCCACUGACAAACACAUGAUCAGUCUAUAAUUUUAAUUGUAGGUUUAUUUGAACAGUGAGAGACAGAAUAACAACAAAAAAAUCCAGAAAAACGCAUGUCAAAAAUGUUAUAAAUUGAUUUGCAUUUUAAUGAGGGAAAUAAGUAUUUGACCCCUCUGCAAAACAUGACUUAGUACAUGGUGGCAAAACCCUUGUUGGCAAUCACAGAGGUCAGACGUUUCUUGUAGUUGGCCACCAGGUUUGCACACAUCUCAGGAGGGAUUUUGUCCCACUCCUCUUUGCAGAUCUUCUCCAAGUCAUUAAGGUUUCGAGCCUGACGUUUGGCAACUCGAACCUUCAGCUCCCUCCACAUAUUUUCUAUGGGAUUAAGGUCUGGAGACUGGCUAGGCCACUCCAGGACGUUAAUGUGCUUCUUCUUGAGCCACUCCUUUGUUGCCUUGGCCGUGUGUUUUGGUUCAUUGUCAUGCUGGAAUACCCAUCCACGACCCAUUUUCAAUGCCCUGGCUGAGGGAAGGAGGUUCUCACCCAAGAUUUGACGGUACAUGGCCCCGUCCAUCGUCCCUUUGAUGCGGUGAAGUUGUCCUGUCCCCUUAGCAGAAAAACACCCCCAAAGCAUAUUGUUUCCACCUCCAUGUUUGACAGUGGGGAUGGUGUUCUUGGGGUCAUAGGCAGCAUUCCUCCUCCUCCAAACACGGCGAGUUGAGUUGAUGCCAAAGAGCUCCAUUUUGGUCUCAUCUGACCACAACACUUUCACCCAGUUCUCCUCUGAAUCAUUCAGAUGUUCAUUGGCAAACUUCAGACGGGCCUGUAUAUGUGCUUUCUUGAGCAGGGGGACCUUGCGGGCGCUGCAGGAUUUCAGUCCUUCACAGCGUAGUGUGUUACCAAUUGUUUUCUUGGUGACUAUGGUCCCAGCUGCCUUGAGAUCAUUGACAAGAUCCUCCCGUGUAGUUCUGGGCUGAUUCCUCACCGUUCUCAUGAUCAUUGCAACUCCACGAGGAUGAGAUCUUGCAUGGAGCCCCAGGCCGAGGGAGAUUGACAGUUCUUUUGUGUUUCUUCCAUUUGCGAAUAAUCGCACCAACUGUUGUCACUUUCUCACCAAGCUGCUUGGCGAUGGUCUUGUAGCCCAUUCCAGCCUUGUGUAGGUCUACAAUCUUGUUCCUGACAUCCUUGGAGAGCUCUUUGGUCUUGGCCAUGGUGGAGAGUUUGGAAUCUGAUUGAUUGAUUGCUUCUGUGGACAGGUGUCUUUUAUACAGGUAACAAGCUGAGAUUAGGAGCACUCCCUUUAAGAGUGUGCUCCUAAUCUCAGCUCGUUACCUGUAUAAAAGACACCUGGGAGCGAGAAAUGUUUCUGAUUGAGAGGGGGUCAAAUACUUAUUUCCCUAAUUAAAAUGCAAAUCAAUUUAUAACAUUUUUGAAAUACGUUUUCUUGUUGUUAUUCUGUCUCUCACUGUUGAAAUAAACCUACCAUAAAAAUUAUAGACUGAUCAUUUCUUUGUCAGUGGGCAAACGUACAAAAUCAGCAGGGGAUCAAAUACUUUUUUCCCUCACUGUAGCUAAAUUCUUGCUUGAGAAAUAGCUCUUUGCUAAGAAGCCAUUUUUGUUUAUUUUUGACCAUUUUUAAUUUAAAACAAUCACAAUAAGGUACUUAACUUUUAGCUAGAAAUGAUUUGAUAUUGAGAUGAAAACGGCUGCAUUGGACCUUUUAAGCUAUGACCAUGCUCUAUCUGUGUAACUAUACUGCCAUGUUUAUCUACACUACUGCUCAAAAUUAUUUUUUAAACCCAUUUCUCCAGUUUUUAUUGAAAUUUAAGCAGUUUAAGUCCAGUGAAUAACCUGAAACGGUACAAAGGUAAGCAGUAAACUGCCAGAGGUAUAAAAAAUAAAAAAAUAGUUUAGGUUACCAAAAACGGAAAUAUAAUGUACACUACCGUUCAAAAGUUUGGGGUCACUUAGCAAUGUCCUUGUUUUCGAAAGAAAAGCAAUUUUAUUGUCCAUUAAAAUAACAUCAAAUUCAUCAGAAAUACAGUGUAGACAUUGUUAAUGUUGUAAAUGGCUAUUGUAGCUGGAAACGGCAGAUUUACAUAGGCGUACAGAGGCCCAUUUAUCAUCAACCAUCAGUCCUGUGUUCCAAUGGCACGUUGUGUUUGCUAAUCCAAGUGUAUAAUUUUAAAAGGCUAAUUGAUCAUUAGAAAACCCUUUUGCAAUUAUGUUAGCACAGCUGAAAACUGUUGUGCUGAUUAAAGAAGCAAUAAAACUGGCCUUCUUGAGACUAGUUGAGUAUCUGGAGCAUCAGCAAUUGUGGGUUCGAUUAAGGCUCAAAAUGGCCAGAAACAAAUAACUUUAUUCUGAAACUCAUCAGUCUAUUCUUGUUCUGAGAAAUUAAGGCUAUUCUAUGCGAGAAAAUGCCAAGAAACUGAAGAUCUCGUACAACGCUGUGUACUACUCCCUUCACAGAACAGCGCAAACUGGCUCUAACCAGAAUAGAAAGAGGAGUGGGACAACUGAGCAAGAGGACAAAUACGUUAGAGUGUCUAGUUUGAGAAACAGACGCCUCACAGGUCCUCAACUGGCAACUUCAUUAAAUAGUACCCACAAAACACCAGUCUCAACAUCAACAGUAAAGAGGUGACUCCGGGAUGCUGACCUUCUAGGCAGAGUUGCAAAGAAAAAGUCAUAUCUCAGACUGGCCAAUAAAAAGAAAAGAUUAAGAUGGGCAGUCUGAGAUAUGGCUUUUUCUUUGCAACUCUGCCUAGAAGGUCAGCAUCCCGGAGUCGCCUCUUCACUGUUGACGUUGAGACUGGUGUUUUGCGGGUACUAUUUAAUGAAGCUGCCAGUUGAGGACCUGUGAGGCGUCAUACCGCUCAGGAAGGAGAUGCGUUCUGUCUCCUAGAGAUUAACGUACUUUGGUGCGAAAAGUGCAAAUCAAUCCCAGAACAACAGCAAAGGACCUUGUGAAGAUGCUGGAGGAAACAGGUACAAAAGUAUCUAUAUCCACAGUAAAAAAAGUCCUAUAUCAACAUAACCUGAAAGGCCGCUCAGCAAGGAAGAAGCCACUGCUCCGAAACCGCCAUAGAAAAGCCAGAUUAUGGUUUGCAACUGCACAUGGUGACAAAGAAUGUACUUUUUGGAGAAAUAUCCUCGGGCUGAUGAAACAAAAAUAGAACUGUUUGCCCAUUAUGACCAUCGUUAUGUUUGGAGGAAAAAGGGGGAUGCUUGCAAGCCGAAGAACACCAUCCCAAUCGUGAAGCACGGGGGUGGCAGCAUCAUGCUGUGGGGGUGCUUUGCUGCAGGAGGGACUGGUGCACUUCACAAAAUAGAUGGCAUCAUGAGGAAGGAAAAUGUUGUGGAUAUAUUGAAGCAACAUCUCAAGACAUCAGUCAGGAAGUUAAAGCUUGGUCGCAAAUGGGUCUUCCAAAUGGACAAUGACCCCAAGCAUACUUCCACAGUUGUGGCAAAAUGGCUUAAGGACAACAAAGUCAAGGUAUUGGAGUGGCCAUCACAAAGCCCUGACCUCAAUCCUAUAGAAAAUGUGUGGGCAGAACUGAAAAAGCGUGUGCGAGCAAGAAGGCCUACAAACCUGACUCAGUUACACCAGCUCUGUCAGGAGGAAUGGGCCAAAAUUCACCCAACUUAUUGUGGGAAGCUUGUGGAAGGCUACACGAAACGUUUGAACCAAGUUAUACAAUUUAAAGGCAAUGCUACCAAAUACUAAUUGAGUGUAUGUAAACUUCUGACCCGCCCGGCCAAACUGAGCAAUCGGGGGUAAAGGGCCUUGGUCAGGGAGGUGACCAAAAACCUGAUGGUCACUCUGACAGAGCUCUAGAGUUCAUCUGUGGAGAUGGGAGAACCUUCCAGAAGGACAACCAUCUCUGCAGCACUCCACCAAUCAGGCCUUUAUGGUAGAGUGGCCAGACGGAAGCCACUCCUCAGUAAAAGGCACAUGACAGCCCACUUGUAAUUUGCCAAAAGGCACCUAAAGACUCUCAGACCAUAAGAAACAAGCUUAUCUGUUCUGAUGAAACCAAGAUUGAUUUCUUUGGCCUGAAUGCCAAGCGUCACGUUUGGAGAAAACCUGGCACCAUCCCUACGGUAAAGCAUGGUGGGGGCAGCAUCAAGCUGUGGGGAUGUUUUUCAGCAGCAGGGACUGGGGGACUAGUCAGGAUCAAGGCAAAGAUGAACGGAGCAAUGUACCUUGAUGAAAACCUGCUCCAAAGCGCUCAGGACCUCAGACUGGGGCGAAGGUUCACCUUCCAACAGGACAACGACCUUAAGCACACAGCCAAGACAACGCAGGAGUGGCUUCAGGACAAGUCUCUGAAUGUCCUUGAGUGGCCCAGCCAGAGCCCGGACUUGAAUCUGAUCGAACAUUUCUGGAGAGACCUGAAAAUAGCUGUGCAGCGACGCUCCCCAUCCAACCUGACAGAGCUUGAGAGGAUCUUCAGAGAAGAAUGGGAUAAACUCCCCAAAUACAGGUGUGCUAAGCUUGUAGCGUCAUACCCAAGAUGACUCAUGGCUUCUUCAACUAAGUACUGAGUAAAGGGUCUGAAUACUUAUGUAAAUGUGAUAUUUCUGUUUUUUAUUUAUUUGAUAAAUUAAACAAAAUGUCUAAAAACCUGUUUUUGCUUUGUCAUUACGGGGUAUUGUGUGUAGAUUGAUGAGGAAAAAAAGCAAUUUUAAUCAAUUUUAGAAUAAGGCUGUAAAGUCACUAAAUGUGGAAAAGGUCAAGGGGUCUGAACACUUUCCGAAGGCACUGUAUAUAACUAUACAGUAUAUAACUAUACAGUAGAUAGUGUAUACUUUAUAGGCCUGAAAUUCAGUUAAUGUUAAUCGUUACCAGUAUUUCCUGGUUUAGGAAAAAAAAGGUUGGUUCAGUGCAGCAGGACAAACGUGUGUUCUCUUGUCCCCUGUAGGGGUCUUCAACCGGUACCAGACAAGGAGGUGAUUGCCAUGUACGAUGGCUGCCAUGUCCCUCUGGAGAAUAUGAGUGACUUCUAUGGCAAGGUAAGGCCCAUAUCAUCUCCUCCACCCUUCCACAGUCACUAUAUACAGAUCUGCUUCAGUCACCGUGAUAAACUGACCCCAUUACAUUCAGCAGCAAGGCCACUGCAUUGCCCAGUCACCCCCAGUCACUCCAGUCGUGAACUGUUUUCCACCCCUUCAGUCAGACACAUGAUACUGUAGUAUUACGUUUCUACCCUGUGGAAACUCAGAACACAGAACCAAAUCUCACAUGCACUAGAUAGCUAGCUACUCAAUCUACUUCUGGGUGCAGAGGUGGCAAAUAGACAUGGUCUCAUGUUAACUUCAGUUAUGGCUGACAUGCAUAUUGCGUAACCUAGUAACACCUCACUUUACUCAUUUCUUAUCCUAUCUGAUCAUUCAUAUCUCUCUCCUCCAGAGUUCCCAUGGCCACACUAUGAAACAGUUCAUGGACAUCUUCUCCCUCCCAGAGAUGAACCUCCUGUGCUCAGUUAAUGACUACUUCUUGAAGCACAAUAUCGACUACGAGCCUGUCCACCUCUACAAAGACGUCAAGGUAACGAGACCAGAACAGUGAUUUUUGCAAAGACACCUGGGUUGUGUUCAUUAGGCACAAAAUGGAAGAAAACAGUCAGAAAGAGAUUAACUGGUACUAUCUGAAACAACGUUUUAAAACAGUUUGCUACGGUGUGCCCUAAUGAACACAACCUCUCUCAGGAACCAUAGGCCAGACCAGAAGGCCAGAAUCAUAAUGCUCCUCUCCAUGACAAAGUGGAUUCCAGGAAUGUGGGAGUUAAAUGUAUUAAUAAUGAUGCCUUGUUGUGACCGUUGGUUGUGAUGCUGUAGUUAUUUUAGUGUGCUUCGUGACAGAGGAGAGGCUUCAUUUAGGCUUUUGAAAAUGGCAGUCUAGUUUUAGAGGAGGCAGCCACACCAUCUGUGUCUCUGUCUGGUCUCUGGUGGCUCUGCCUGCGUCUUCAGAAGGAGAUAUUUUAGUGAAAUCUGAGCUGUGUUGUCUUUGUUCCUUUGAUGGGCUUGUCAGGGAGGACUGGUACCUGCUUAGUUUCAUUCUGCAGUGUCUUUGACAGAUCAGUGUCAUCAUAAUGAAAACCUGGCUUCAUACUCACUCACUCACUCACUCACUCACUUCACAAUAUAUCCACUAGAUUAGACACCUUCUCAAGUUUCAAUUGAUCACAGGGAAUGUGAAGACACCCCUACUCCCCCAUGCCUUCCCAUGCCCUCAUCUCCCCCCUCCUCUCCCUUUCCCCUCCUCUCCUCCCUCUCCUUCCCUCCUCUCCCCCCUCCUCUCCUCUCCUCUCCUCUCCUCUCCCUCCUCUCCCCCUCCACUCCUCUCCUCUCCCCUCUCCUCUCCCUCUUCUCCUCUCCCCCUUCCCUCCUUUCCCCCUCCAUUCCUCUCCUCUCCUUUCCCUCUCCUCUCCUCUCCUUAAUUCCCCCCCCUUCCUCUCCUCUCUCCCUCUCCUCUCCUCUCCUCCCCUCCUCUCCUCGUCCUCCCUCUCCUCUCCUCUCCCUCCUCUCCUCUCCUUCCUCUCCUCUCCUCUCUCUCCUUCCUCUCCUCUCUCUCCUCCCCCUUCCCUCCUUUCCCCCCCUCCCUCCUCUCCUCUCCUCCUCCCUCUCCUCUCCUCUCCCCUCCUCCUCUCCUCUCCUCUCCUCCGCUCCUUUCCCCUUUCCUCUCCUCUCCUCUCCUCUCCCUCCUCUCCUCUCCUCUCUUUCCUCCCUCCCCCUUUUCUCCCCUCCCCCCCCCUCCCCCUCCCUUCCCUCCCUUCCCCCCCCCCCCUCUCCCCCCCCCUCCCUCCUCUCCCCCCCCCUCCCUCCCCCCCAAAUCCCCCCUUCCCUCCCCCUCCUCCCCUCCUUCCCCUCUCCCCCUCCCUCCUCCCCUCCCCCUCCCUCCUCUCCCCUUACCCUUUUUCCUCCUCUCCUCUCCCCCCCCUUCCUUCCCUCUCUCCCUCUCCCCCUCCCCUCCCUCCCCUUCAAGAUGCAAUAGGCUUUCAUUUGUAUUUAGUAAAGCACACCAGUCACAUUGUGUGGGGCAAUAACCUCAAAUCGUAUUCUUGUUCUUGUCUUUGUAACUUUUUUGUGUCUUUGUCUUUAGUUUUGUCGAUUUUCCAAGGUAACACAAUUCAAACUGAGGGGUGGUGUUAGUGCACACUUUGUUAGUACACUGUGGGUUGUGCACUUGUUAUACCUGUUUAGUGGGACCUGUUAUACACUUUUAGUGCACUUGUUAGUACACCCGUGUUAGUACACGUGUUAGUGCACUGUGUUAGUGCACUGUGUUAGUGCCUGGUUAUUCACUGUGUUUACACUGUUUAGUGCACUGUUUGUUCACUGUGUUAGUACACUGUGUUAGUACACUGUGCUAGUGCCUGUGUUAGUGCACUGUGUUAGUACACUGUGUUAGUGCACUGUGUUAGUGCACUGUGUUAGUGCACUGUGUUAGUGCACUGUGUUAGUACACUGUGUUAGUGCACUGUGUUAGUGCACUGUGUUAGUGCACUGUUAUGCACUGUGUUAGUGCACUUUCUUAGAACACUUUGUCCACUAUGUACUUCUACAAAGUUUUCCAAAUAUUUUCCAUAUGGAGGAACAUGAAUUGUAUGUAUCGUUCUGUAUUCUUCAUUCUCCCAUAUGGAACGCCGUUUGUAACAUUCUAUAAUUUUCAAAAGAAAAUAUGAAUUUCCUGCCACAAAUUGCAGCCAUUGUAACGUCUCCUCCUCUCUCUCUGUUAACAGGCAGCUAUAGGAGAUGUCCAUGUCAAGGGUAUUAUGUACCGGGCUGUGGAGGCAGAUAUCGGUAAGGACAACAAUGAUCUCUGUGUGUGUUCUCUGACAGACUGUGUAUUACUGUAUUACUAUGCCACUGUGUGAUAAUGGGGGAAGGGAGUGUGUGCUCUCUGAGUCUUACAACCCAGUGUCUAAUGUAACAUGUAGUAUCUUUCGAAAUAAUCUCAGGGGUUUGUGCGACUGUGUAUGAACAUCUGAGAGUUGGAUGAUAAGAGUACUACAUCAAGGUCAUUGCCAUUGUUGUGUCUCAUAUCUUCAAACAGAUUACUAUGAAAUAUUAUUAUCCUACUUCCUAGAAGUAAUGUUUUUCUGUGCACAAUAGCAAUUGUCUGGCGGUGGAGCUAUGUUUAGACUGUAUUAUCACUCCUCCCUCCUCCCUCUGCAACUUCCUUUUCCUUUCUUUUGCCCCCCCCCUCUCUCUCCCCCCUUUCUCUCUCUCUCCCUCUCCUCUCUCUCUCUCCUCUCUCCUCUCUCUCUCUCUCCUCCCUUUCUCUCUCUCUCUCUCUCCCUCCCCCGCCUCUCUCGCUCUCUCUUCCCCUCUCUCUCUCUCUUUCUCUCUCUCUCUUACUCUCCCCCCCACCCUCUCGCAUUCCCCCCCCCUCUCUGUAGAGAACUAUAUUUCCUAUGGAGAACAGACUCAUGCUGUGCUGAAGAAGCUCUAUGAGGAUGGCAAGAAGAUGUUCCUCAUCACUAACAGCCCAUUUGACUUUGUGUGAGUGUCUCUGACAAAUCUCUGCGUGUGAGUGUCUCUGACAAAUCUCUGUGUGUGAGUGUCUCAGGCAUAUCUCUGUGUGUGAGUGUCUCUGACAAAUCUCUGUGUGUGAGUGUCUCUGACAAAUCUCUGCGUGUGAGUGUCUCUGACAAAUCUCUGUGUGUGAGUGUCUCAGGCAUAUCUCUGUGUGUGAGUGUCUCUGACAAAUCUCUGUGUGUGAGUGUCUCUGACAAAUCUCUGUGUGUGAGUGUCUCUGACAUACAGUAUCUCUGGGUGUGAGUGUCUCUGGCAUAUCUCUGGGUGUGAGUGUCUCAGGCAUAUCUCUGUGUGUGAGUGUCUCUGACACAUCUCUGUGUGUGAGUGUCUCUGACAUAUCUCUGUGUGUGAGUGUCUCAGGCAUAUCUCUGUGUGUGAGUGUCUCUGACAUACAGUAUCUCUGCGUGUGAGUGUCUCAGGCAUAUCUCUGUGCUGACAGUUCACCACAAAACUUUAUACAAUUCUAAACUGUGUACUGUUAAUAUAUGAAUAUAUACUAUGUUGCUGGAGAGGGUUUUCACAGCCCUAUGGUUACAUCGUUACACUAGCUUUAUUUAUCAAUUCUGACAAUGAUAGCAGCAUGUCAAAUUACUUUGAUAAAAAAUUGAAAACGGUUGAAAGUACCCAGAUGAUGAGUUUGCAGACACUGUUGAUCUAGGCCUCUCUACGGCAGAGUGUCAUGUCUGUGCUACUUUGUUCUAUAUUGUGUGACUGAUUGUAAGUCGUGAUAAAUGACUCGAAUAUUCCCAGGGAUCGGGGAAUGAACUACAUUGUGGGGAAGGACUGGAGAGAUCUGUUUGACAUUGUCAUCGCACAGGCCGACAAACCUGGCUUCUUCAACGACAGGAGAAAGUAAGCGUCUCAAUUCACUCCCCCCCCCCACCACCCCUUCCGUUUGUCCUGCACUCUUCAAUGUGGAAGCAGUGUGGUGGAAGCUUCACCACUACACCACUUGUACCCAUCCAUUAUUUGCCAUGUCCAGUUGACCUCCACUGUAUGUAUUCUGCCGUUUGUCUUCCUCUGUCCGUCGUAGGCCCUUCAGACGAGUGACUGAUAAAGGGGUGCUGCAUUGGGACAGGAUUCACAAGCUGGAGAAGGGGAACAUCUACAAACAGGUACUGGACAACGGAAUAUGUUCUAGGGAAGUCUUUCUCAACCAGGGGUACUAGGACACCUGGUGUAUGUGGCUUAUUCACGGGGGGGGGGGAGCUUUAACUACUGUUCUAGAGUUAAAGCUCUGUCAUACAGACCAGGGAAUUACUGACUGUUUCUUUGUUCUGCAGGGAAACCUCUAUGAGUUCCUGAGACUGACUGGCUGGAGGGGGUCCAAGGUGUUGUAUUUUGGAGAUCACAUCUACAGUGACCUGGCUGUAAGUCCAAUUUCAAACCAUUCAUUUACACUGCAUAGGUUAAUAUUUAAAAUGAUCAUGUAGAAUGUUCACACCAUCAUAGAAAUUACACGGUCUGAUGUCAUGAUAUAGGUCUAAGUUAAGUAGCGUUUAAAUAAAUAAAUAAAAAGUCAGCCCGUGAUUGAAGUGGCUGGCCUGUUACCGAAUCAGAGGUAUUUGAGUUGUUCUGUGGUUUAUCGACUCCUUAGGUUUAGGUUUGAGGAAAAAACGCUCUAUAAAUCCUAUGUAUUAUUUUGAACUCUAGGACCUGACCCUGAAGCAUGGCUGGAGGACCGGAGCCAUCAUCCCCGAGCUGAGGAAAGAGAUCAAGAUCAUGAACACUGAGGAGUGUGUCCAUCUGAUGACCUGGCUACAGGGCCUGACUUGGCUGAUAGAACACAUGCAGGUAGGUGGAGGGGUGUGUGUGUGUGCUUGCUUGCUUGCGCGUGCGCUUCUGUCUGUCUCUGUCUGUCCGUCUGGUAGCUCUAUGCUAACAGCUGUGAACCUAAAGAGCAUCUUCUCUGCAGCAAACAUUCUCUGCUCUCUCCCUUCCAGGUCCACAGAGACCCAGCUUCUCAAGCUGUCGUUCAGGAGUGGAUCAAAGAGAGAGAAACCAUGAGGUGCCAGGGGGAUUGGGGAAGAGCCCACGAAAGAACCUCAAGAUAAUCAUUAUCUCAUUUAUGAUGCGUCCUCUUAUUUGCCUAAAGCCUAGAAGAGUUGUUAUAUGCUAUAUAGAUAUGUUGGCAACACUUUCUUUGAAGGGCACCUAUAGUACAUAAUGACUUCGUAACACAUUCAUAACCAACACUCAUAAGCAGAUCGGAGAGGUUGAGAGUAGAAGAAGUUCAGGAGCAAUAAAAAAUAAAAAAAAUAAAAAAAUAUAUAAUAGAAUUAUUGUAAAAUUAACUCUGUCCAUAAGGUGUAGAUAGUAAGUAUAGACCGGAAGUAGAGGCCUGGGCAUUGUUGUUCACUAAUUUACUCCAAGUAGGGAAAGGAUGGUGGGGUUGAAAAGUAAUAAAGGGGAGUAUAUAUAUAAAAAAAAAAAAAAAAAAAAAAAAAACUUGGGGGAUUGGAAGUGAUGCAGACAAUUACAUUGAUAGAAGAUACAAUAUAUCUGCAAUAUUAAGCUGAUCCACCCCCCCCCCCCAAAAAAAAAUAUAAAAUAAAAAAAUAAAAAAUAAAUAAAUACUAAAAUGAGUAAAAAGGAGUAAAAAAAACAGUACAAAAAAAACAGUACAAAAAAAACAAAAAAACAAAAAAAACUCAUAAGCAGUAUAUAAUCAAUUCCUAUAGGAAGGUUUUAUGUCUGGGUAAUUAAUGUUUUCUGAGGUCCUUAUGUAGCUUCUCUUCAAAUAAAGUCUUACCCAUAUUUCCCUAUAGGUGGCUAUACCCAUUAAAUGUUUGGGAGCAUAAUUAGAGUGUACAACUUUCUUUCUUUUUACAGAUAUUUCCCUUGACGUGCAUUUUUCGCUUACUAACACUAUUGUACAUCUUUCGUCAUACAACAGAUCGCAGACAAAGGACAUCUUCAACGGCCAGUUUGGGAGUCUCUUCCGAACGUACCACAACCCCACCUACUUCUCCCGCCGCCUGUCUCGUUUCGCAGACAUCUACAUGGCGUCUCUCAGCUGUCUGCUCAACUACGACUUCCAUCACACCUUCUUCCCCCGUCGUACGCCCCUGCAACACGAGUCACCCUUCUGGCCCGAGCAGACCAGCGCCGGGGCCCUGAAGAUGCCCUUCAUACCCCACAGAACCACAACUGAAGAGUAGAAAGGGGAGGGGGGAAGGGUUUCAGUGUGACACCCCGUCCCGGGCUUGACUCAGACUGGAGAGGAUAGGGAGGACGGGUUUCACUGCGACACUCCGUCAAAGACCUUAUCUGAGGAGAGAGGGGAGGGGAGGGAAAAGUUUCAUUGUGACACUCUGUCUUGACCUGCUCUGGACACAGAGCUCUCAAAUACCCGUUUCAUUCUAUCAUGGCGACCUGAACUAUACUGUCAUUCCCAGCGCAGUUCCAUUAACUAUAGCAGACGUGUAAACAAGCCAGCUGAGUAGUCCGUAAGGGGUAGAAGAUGGCAGACAGGACUCUGCUGACUUGGACUUACUGUCUCUGUUUUCCACUGACUCCAUCUCAUGUUGACCUCACGCUGUCAGUAACUUCAAUACUGAUCUGCUCCGCUUUAUAAUCUCACUAUUACAUGUGUAGGUUGAAUUUCUAACAGUAAGUAGAGAACACUUAAAUAUUUCUGCCAUGUUUCUGUUUUAGGUUGAAAACUAGCGGUACAGUUGCUUAGUACGCUAUACCAAACACUACACAAUAAGUUUGCUUGAAUGUUCUUGACACACAUACAGUAUGUACCCAAACAGAGAUUUACUCAGAUCUGCAGAACUUUCAUCCAAACAAUAUACAUGACCCUAAGCAUGAUG